UACUAAAUUCUCCUUUACGGAGACUGAAAUAAAUUCAUUAAAUAAUAAUUACGAAAUGUAAGUUGGUGUUCAUUGAUGUGCUGAACUGGGCGAAUAUUCUUAAGUGAAACAUCUUCUCGUUCUUUAAUAUAAACCUUCAACUUAUUCGAAAUGAGCUGGACAACUAUAGAGUCAGAUGCUGGAGUUUUUACUGAUUUGAUCGAAAACCUUGGAGUCUCAGGCGUUGAAGUCGAAGAACUGUAUACGUUGGAUGAAGAAACCUUGCGCAACAUUUCAGAUAUAUAUGGAAUUAUUUUUUUGUUCAAAUGGAAAAAACCUGAUGGAAAACCAGACGGUGAACUUGACUAUGAAUCCAUCGAUCGUAUCUUCUUUGGACAACAAGUCAUAAAUAACGCCUGCGCUACCCAGGCUCUUUUAUCGGUUUUACUUAAUCACAGUGAGGAGAUUAAUCUGGGACCUAAAUUAAAUGAAUUCCGGGAAUUCACUAAACUGUUACCUCCAGAUCUAAAAGGAGAAGCAUUGGGCAAUUCUGACGAUAUCCGCUGUGCCCAUAAUUCUUUUGCUCGCUCAGACCCUUUUGUGAGCGACGAAACGAAGGUUGCGACUGAAGACGACGAUGUCUAUCACUUUAUUGCAUAUACCAACAUUAACAAUACAUUUUAUGAAUUAGAUGGACUACAACCUGCACCCAUUAAUCAUGGCAGUUGCACAAAAGAAGAAUUUUCUAAGCGUGCUGUUACUACCAUUCAAUCAAGAAUUGGUAAGUACGACCCUAGUGAAAUCCGGUUUAAUUUAAUGGCCAUUUCUAAGGAUAAGCGUCUUACUAUUUCUAAUAAUUCAAAUUUAAGCGAAGAAGAGAAGGUAUUUUAUAUAGCUGCUGAAAAUGACAAGCGCGCAAAAUGGAAACGUGAAAACCAACUGCGCCGUCACAACUUUUUGGGACUAAUUGUUGAGAUGUCCAAAUUGAUGGCCAAAGAUCGUAUUGCCCAAAACACCUGGGAUACCACAUUAGAAGAAGCUAAGAAGAUGUAUUCUAUGGAGAAAUAGUACCAUGUUAUAUUGACUACUUAACAGUCGCCAUGGAUGUUUAUCCAUGGUUUUACGUUACUCCUUCCUUUAAAACCAAAUAGAAAUGAGUUAAUGCAUAUGUUCUAUGACUAGCACUGCAAAAUUAAAUUUAAAUGAUCGAACAAAUAGUUUCAACUACCUUUUAUAAUUAAUCG